GGGCCGAGCUGCGCGAUGCGGAGGCUGCAGGUAGUGCUGGGCCACCUGAAGGGCCAGCAGAAUUCAGGAUGGGCGCCGCAGGCCGCUCCGUGCUUGAGCACCUACCCGCAGGCCUCCGCCGCGGACGUGGUGGUGGUGCACGGGCGGCGCACGGCCAUCGGCAAAGCGGGACGCGGUGGCUUCAAGGACACCACCCCUGACGAGCUUCUCUCGGCCGUCAUGACGGCGGUUCUCCGGGACAUGAAGCUGAGGCCCGAGCAGCUGGGGGACAUCUGCGUAGGAAAUGUGCUUCAGCCUGGGGCCGGGGCAGUCAUGGCCCGAAUCGCCCAAUUUCUGAGUGACAUCCCAGAGACCGUGCCUUUGUCUACUGUCAAUAGACAGUGUUCAUCGGGGCUACAGGCAGUGGCCAGCAUAGCUGGUGGCAUCAGAAAUGGGUCUUAUGACAUUGGCAUGGCCUGUGGGGUGGAGUCCAUGUCCCUGGCCGACAGAGGGAAUCCUGGAAAUAUUACUUCCCGCUUGGUGGAGAACGAGAAGGCUAGAGAUUGCCUGAUUCCUAUGGGGAUAACCUCGGAGAACGUGGCUGAGCGGUUUGGCAUUUCACGGGAGAAGCAGGAUGCCUUUGCGCUGGCUUCCCAGCAGAAGGCAGCAAGAGCCCAGAGCAAGGGCUGUUUCCAAGCCGAGAUUGUGCCUGUGACCACCACGGUCCAUGAUGACAAGGGCACCGAGAGGAGCAUCACUGUGACCCAGGAUGAGGGUAUCCGCCCCAGCACCACCAUGGAGGGCCUGGCCAAACUGAAGCCUGCCUUCAAGAAGGAUGGCUCUACCACGGCUGGAAACUCUAGCCAGGUGAGUGACGGGGCGGCUGCCAUCCUGCUGGCCCGGAGGUCCAAGGCAGAAGAGUUGGGCCUUCCCAUCCUUGGGGUCCUGAGGUCCUAUGCAGUGGUUGGGGUCCCGCCUAACAUCAUGGGCAUCGGACCUGCCUAUGCCAUCCCUGUAGCUUUGCAAAAAGCAGGACUGACAGUGAAUGAUGUGGACAUCUUUGAGAUCAAUGAGGCCUUUGCAAGCCAGGCUGUCUACUGUGUGGAGAAACUAGGACUCCCCCCUGAGAAGGUGAACCCUCUAGGGGGUGCAGUGGCUUUGGGGCACCCACUGGGCUGCACUGGGGCACGACAGGUCAUCACGCUGCUCAACGAGCUGAAGCGCCGUGGGAAGAAGGCAUAUGGAGUGGUGUCCAUGUGCAUCGGGACUGGAAUGGGAGCCGCUGCUGUCUUUGAAUACCCUGGGAACUGAGCGAGGCCCCGGGCUAGAGGCUCUACGCAGACAGUCCUGCUCUAGCAGCAAGAGAGCAACACUACAGAAGCGAAACCACAUGGGGAAAUUCAGCACUGGUGGUGGUGGAAGCAGAGAAAUCAAAGCACUUGAACUAACUUGGAAAAUACAAAUGAUGACACAGUACAGGAGUGGGUGGGGUGUUGGGUCACCUGCUGUCAGGCCACCUCUAGCUGGGCCAGAGUCAGCCAGGGUCACCCAGGCCACAAGGCCAUCGUGUAAUUCCUGGGGGAAGGGAGAUUCAUGGAUGAAGACUGUAAUGGACAUAGUAAAUGUGUGUUACCUUAUCUUA